UUUUGAUUUGAAGAGGUGUUAUUUUGUUUUAAAAAAAUUCUUUAUCAUUAUUUCAAAUCGGUAAUUUUUUUCAAACAAAAUGUCUACUUCAUCGGAUUUGGAUCAAGAAAUAAUCGAUAAACUUCGACACGAUACGGCGAAAAAAUAUCGAAAUUAUAUCGAUGAACUUUAUUCGGAUAUAGAAAAUCUUUUGGAUAAAUUUAAUUUUUCCGAAUCGAAUAGCUGUUUUAGUUCAUUCAAUUUUUUCGAUGAACAUCGUAGUUUUUAUGCACGUAAUGAAAAUAUACUGAUUGAUGAACAUACAAAUUUUUUGGAACUUUUACAAACAUGUGGUAAUACUCAAUUAAAUAAAUUAAUGUUAGUAUUUGCUUCGUUAGUUGAAGAAAUGAAUAAAUUAUCCAUCAUUGGUAUACAGAAAUUUAUCGGUCCAAUACUUUUGUAUCGUGAAGAUAAUGUUAUUAAUUCAGCAGCAAAAGAGGCAAUAAUUUUGGAUGUAAAAACUGAUAAUGGUAAAAUCAAUAACAAAAUGAUUGAUGAAGAUGAUGAAUUUUCAGCUGUUGCAGCAAUUCUACCGAUUUUAUUCAAUUUAAUUUGUUAUGUUAAACGUUGUUAUGAAGUGGCCAGCAAUUUGUUCAUGCAACAGCAUACAUUUCUUUUAUAUGCUAAUGUCAAAACCAAAGAUAAACAAUUUCAAAUUUCAAUUCGUGAAAUUCUUCCAGAUUUAAAUGAAAAUAUACGAUUUGAUAUUGUAUGGGAAUCAUUUUCCAAUUUAGCGUUAACUUUAAUUAAUUUGGAUCAAAUAUUUAGUCAACAAUCAUCAGUAAUACGUCGUGAUAUUUUCAAUUAUAAACGAUCAUUAGCAACAGUGUUAAGAGAUCUACCGCAUUAUCAUUUAGAACAUCGUGAAAAUGAAAUUCAAUCAUUAAUGACCAUAAUCAAUGAAAUUGAACGUGAAUUAUUAGAAGGUUUUAUUGCCGGUAAUUGUUCAACAACAACAAAUAAAGCAUUUCAAAGUAUUGAUUCAAUGUUUUUCAAAGGUCUUAUUAUUUCUAUAAUGAAUUUAAAUAUUGCCGAAAAUGAUUCUAUAUUGAAAAAUAAUUAUUUAAAUGAAAAUAUGUCCACCUAUAUUCGUAAUGUUUGUAAUCAAUUGGAACAACAACAACAACAAAAUGAUGAAAAAUUUAUCGAUGAAUAUAGACUUUUAUCCGUUACAGCAUUUUUCUCUUUAUAUGUUCAUUUGUUUUGGAAAGAUUCGGAUAAAAAAUUAUUGAAAAUAAUAAUCGAUGUACAGAAAAAGCUGAAUAUACUUUUCGUACAUCUUCCUGGAAAUAUAAACAUUUCUCCGGAUCAAGUGCUUUUAUAUACACUUCCAAGACAAUUAGCUGAUACACGUCUUUUUGAUCAUUUCGUUAAUCAAAGAGAAUUGUUAAUGAAACCAGGAUUUAUUGAACAUCAAAUGAAAACAUUAAUACCAUUUAUUACACAUUGGUUAGUUACUAUUGAACAAUCAUUUAAUUCAGGAUUUUAUAAUGAUAUUGGUGAAGGUGAUGCAUUGAAUCAAAUAUUCAAUCAUAUUCAAUUAAUGAAAGAUGGUUUUGAACAUAUACGGCAAUUAUCCAAUCUAAUCAAGAAUUGUAUUGCUAUUCAUUGUCAAUGUAAUAGACCAUUAUCAAAAAUUGAUACUGUAGCACUUUGUAAAGCAAUAAUAUUAUUACAAGGAAUUAAAAGAUUUUUUGCUAAUAAUAAAAAAUUAUUAAUCGAAAUAAUAACACAUUAUCAAAAAUAUAAUGCCUGUGCAAUAUUGAAUAUUUUAACACGUACAAAACGUAAAUUACUUAAUAAUGUUACAAAUUAUUCUGAACAAAAACUUGAUCAAUUAUCAUCAAUAAUACUUUGUGCUAAUUGUUUAAAUGGUCCGGUUAUAACAUCGAAACGUUUUAUUUUAAUAUCAUUAUGUUUUGCAUAUUGUACAUCGAAUAUGGAUUUGUUUACGGUGGAUGAUCUAACAAAAAUACAAAUACUCACACAACGUAUUUCAUUUUUCCUGAAUAUAUUCAAUAUUAUUAGCCAAAUGUUUGAUUGUCAAUAUUUAUAUUUUAAUAAUGAAAUUAUCAAAGUUUAUUUUCAUCAUUUUUAUGAAUCAUUUGGUGGCCAAUCAUUCAAUUCGAACAAUAUAAAUGAUUUACAAUAUUUUUUUGCCGCAAUAUCUGAUUCAAUUCCAUUGUUACGUUCGAUUGAUGAUGAAAUAAAAACAGAAAAACUUAUCAAUGCUUGUUUGGAUGAUAUUGUUCGUAUGUUUAAAAUGAAAUUUUUAAAUCCUGUUUGUAAAGAUUUUGAAGAUGAAUUACGAUUUUUAUCACAUCUAGAUCUACAAUUGGGUGAUAAAAAUCCAUUCAAACGAAAUUAUAAAGAUUUUUCAAAACUUUUACAAACAGAACCGUUAAAAAUUUUUAAUGGUAGAAAAAUUAUAUGGUUUAAAAAUUAUUUUGAAAAUUUUCUUAAUGAACUUGCUUAUAAUAUGACAACAAUUGCAUUACAUGAUUGGAAAACAUAUGAAUCAAUGUUGGGUUUUGCACAUUCAAAAUUUGGACUAGAAUUUGCAUCGUUACAGCUGCCAACACAAACAUUAGAACAAGGAUUAGAUGUAUUGGAAAUUACACGUAAUAUACAUAUAUUUGUUGCAGCUUAUAUGUAUAAUUUGAAUAAUCAAUUUUUUGUUGAAAGAAAUUCUUCAAAUAAACAUCUAAAUGUUCUUACUAUUCGACAUAUAGCCAAUUCGGUACAAACACAUGGUUUCGGUAUAUUGAAUUCAACAGUGAAUUUUGCAUAUCAAUUUUUACGAAAAAAAUUACAAACAUUAUUUCAAUUUCUUUAUGAAGAACAUAUAAAAUCACGAUUGAUUAAAGAUAUUCGUCAUUUUAGAGAAUUAAUGAUGGCUAAUGAAGAAAUGAAUCGUAUUGGUCGUAAUAAUGGUAAUAAAUUGAUCAAAUUUCCAUUUGAACGUGCAGAUAAAUUUGUAAAAGGAAUUCGUAAACUUGGAAUUACAAAAGAUAAUAUGACAUAUUUGGAUAAAUUUCGUCAAUUAAUUACACAAAUUGGUAAUGUAAUGGGAUUUGUACGAAUGUUACGUAAUGGUGCAUUACAUUGUACGGGUGAAAUUGCUAAUUUUAUACCGGAUCUUGAUGAUUUGAAACAAACAUUGUUUGAAAAAAUGAUCGAAGAAGAACAUUCAACCGAAGAAGAAGAAGAAUUUAGUGAUGAAACAUUUGAAGCAGCUCGUAAUCUUGAUUCAGUAUUGAAAACAAUUGCCGAUAAUUAUUCGGAAGCAACUGAUUAUUUUAAAUUAUUAGUCGAAGUUUUUGCACCUACAUUUCGUAAUAAAAAACAUGUUCAUUUGAAAAAUUUUUAUGUAAUAUUACCGGCUACUACAUUAAAUUAUGUGGAACAUAUUAUUCUUUGUAAAGAAAAAUUAGCAAGAAAAAAUAAACAAGAAGGUGCUUCAUUCACUGAUGAUGGUUUUGCAAUGGGUAUUAUUUAUAUAUUAAAAUUAUUAGAUCAAUUAAAUGAUUUUGAUUCAUUACAAUGGUUUGCUUCGGUUGAUGAUUAUGUUAGACAAUCGAUGCCCAAAUUGGAAACAGAAGAAUCUUCUACAACAACCACCACAAUUAUAAAUCGUUUGCAAACACAACAACAAUCAUCCGCAUCAACAUCGACAUCGAAUGAUAAUGUUGAACAAACACGAAGUCUGACAAUCAAACGUAUUGAAAUGUUUCAUAGAGAAUUUCAAUUACUUAAAUUCAAUAUGACUAGCUGUAGAAUAUUAUUUAAAUCAACAAAUUUUCAAUAAUAAUUUUUAUUUUUAAAAAUAAUUAAAAUUCAUUUCAAUCAAUCAA